CUCCUUUACUUCUCUCGAAAUGUCACUCAUUUUCUUCAAUCUUCUCCUUAUUUUCACCAUUGCCAUAUUCGGAGUUGAGGGUAGAGAGUCUAAACUACAGCGGAUCAAGGGCUCAGAAUAUUUUCUUUCCAUCACUGGAGGCCUUAUUCAACCUACCUACAACAUAUACUCGAACGGAUACGAAGAAGGCCACGUUCCAAUAACAGAAUUCAAAUUCCGCCGAACUAUUACCGGAAAACCUAUUCUGGACAUAGCAGCCUGGAACGACAAGGACAAACGGGUUUCCCUACACCAAUCACUAUCAUCAUUAGUCAAGGCUGUGACGGUCGAAAACACCAAGGUUAAACUCAGCGAGAUGCUACUACAAUACAGCUUUUAGCUUCACUAGGUAUAUUAGACUUGCUAGAUCUAUCUGUAAUAUCCUCUUUUUUGCUAGCCUUAACUUAGGCCUUCUGGAUGUCCUUAAUGUUAGUAAACUUGGUGUUUAGAUCUAGCUAGACUGCCUUUCUUUUCCUAACUGCAGUGCUUAUAACCUUUGCCUGCAGAAGCUUUAGCUUAUGCUAGGCAGUAGCUAGCUUAUAUGCCUGCUUACUAAAGCCUUUUUUUACCUUUAUAAACAGAAGGCGUUAAGUAGAGGCAUUAUUAUCUAGCUCUGUAAAUAGCUUUAGUUGGCUAGCUAGAUCCUUUAUCUUCCUUAGCGUUGACUAUGCUACUGCAGAUGACGUAGAUGCUUAUCCUUUAGCUUCUUUACUUCUAGACUGCCUUUUGCAGGCCUAAUCUAAUGGCCCUAGUGUUAA